AUGCCUUCAGCUAUUGCGGGUGGUGGGCCUCAACCUCCACUCCACAUGCAACCAGUGCACUCAGGUCCAGUGAUUUCUAGUUCUCUAAACUUACCGAAUCCCCUUCCACCUGGAAUGACCCACUCAGGCCAUAGUAUUCCAAUGUCUGGCCCACAUGACCGUGAACCUUCUACACCUGUUUCUGGUUCCGGUCCGCUACCUGGACACUAUUUUUCUGCUCUUGGCAUGAAUCCUGGCUCCCCUCAUCCUAUCCCGAAUAUGAUUUCACAUGGUCAUCCCAGCCAGUUCCACCACCACCCACUCUUAUCACUGAAUCGGCUGCCACAUCUUAUAGGUCAACCGGAGUUACGAAUAUUUGAAAUGAAUAAGCGUCUACAACAACGGAGCGACGACUGUGAUAGCUUGUGGUGGGAGUCAUUUGCUACAGACUUCUUCGAAGACGAUGCAACUCUUACUCUCGCUUUCCUUACAGAAGAGGGUCCAAAGAGUUACACAAUUGGAAGAACUCUUAUUCCUCGUUAUUUCCGCAGUAUUUUUGAAAGUGGUUGUGGGGAACUAUACUACAACCUUAGGCUGAACCACGAAUAUUUUCAUCAUCCAAUUUUGACUCUGGAUUCAGAAUCUGCAACGAUGACUAUGACUAUGGUCAGAUCUAUUCCUGUCACAGUUGUCGUGGAAGGUCGACUAACACUCGACUUUGCUUUUGAUGACUUGAUGAGGAUUCGAUCUUGGAUUUUUCUUAUUCGAACUCAUCGUGAAAUGAUAAUGAGAUCUAUGUUGGGGAUUCAAGAUCCAGCCUUUUUGGAUCAGCUGUCCAAAAAUAUUACUAGAUAUGGUAUGACGAAUACAACACUCAAUUUUUUUCGCUUAUGUGUAAUUCUGGAACCGAUGCAAGAAUUAAUGUCCCGUCAGAAGGCUACAAAAUGGCAACGAAUGAUGCCCCAAGAAGCUACACGUCAACCUAGCAAACGACGCAAGCGCAAAGGCAGUUCAGCUACAGCUGAUGGUGCAAACAGCACUGGUCGAACUUCGAAACGCAAGCAGUCCCCCAUUCCACUACCAUCUCAUCAUAUAGCCCAGCCCGGGGAUGUAAUGAUAGUUGGUGAACCGACUCUUAUGGGUGGAGAUUUCGGUGAUGAAGAUGAACGUUUAAUAACUCGUUUGGAAAACACUCAGUAUGAUGCCGUAGCAGCUGCCACUGCAGGCAAUCCAGGCGUUAUGGCUUCCCAUUUAAAUUCUGGUCCUUUCCCUGGCGCAAACGAUUCCCCUGCCGGUAUUAUGUCCUCCCCACUUGGCAUGGGCUCAGGAGGCAAUAUGUCGUUAAAUUCCAGUCAACAACAACAAAUGAAUUCUCUUCAGUUUCGUGCCGGUCCGAUGUCAUCGGGUAAUUCAAACCAAAAUAUGCCACCUCACGAAGGCGUCUUUCCUGGUAAUAUUCCAUCUUUGCAACACAAUCAACCAGUUUCCAUGCCUCCCAACCAGUCACUUUACUCAAACUCAGCACCGAACAGGAAUUUACAUCAUCAUCCUCAAAUGAUGGGACAACAGUUUAUGCCUGUGUUUACUAAAGGUCAAAUGUCAAAUCCCAACCUACCUAACAGAGGUGUUGAACACUACAUGAAUUCAUCAGCGAAUACUGAUGCCAUGCACCAACCAACCCGUUCAAGUAGUGCUUCAUCUCUAGUUGACGGUACAAAUGGUCUUGGUGGAUUCCCUCAUUGUGCUUCUCCCAAUCUCCUCCCUUCAAGACCUCCUGCUCGUUUCACUCCGCCAUCUCUUCCAAAUGGUAUGGGUACUGCAGUUGUGUCAUCACAGCAGUCAAACUUUAUGAUGCCAAAUGAAAUGAUGGGCAGCGGCAAUACCCCAAUGGGGCAUAUUUCUGUUCCUGGCACUCCUCUAACCUCCCCAUUGACCUCAUCAUCCUUUACAAUGGAUAUGAUAGAUAAUCAAAAUGUUCUUCAUUCUGCACCUUCAACCUUAAUCUCUACAACUAUCAAAUCGAAUAAUUCUCCUAUGCUCUACAAUUCUAUCGGAACAAGCUGUAGUGGAAAUCAGUUGACUCCAGAACCCACAAUGCUUCCAACAAUGAGUGGUAUGGGAUGUGAUGUUUCUUCGGCUGUGAUGAAUGAUAAUGAAGAUCUCAAAAUGAUUAAUAGUAAUGCAGCACCUUCACGUCCCACAGCUGAGUCAAUUUGA